AUGUCUUUUUUGUUGCCGCAUAUGAAACAAAGAAAAACGAUUUCAUCAUUAACGGAAGAUGAUAGUGAAGUUGACGAAAAUUUUGAUUUUAACGAAUUGUUGUCUAAUCACGAUGAUUCUUCCAUGUUAUCGAAUGACCCAGAUGUUAAUAUUACCAACCGACCAGAAUCUUCUUCAACAAAUAUGUCAGGAAACUCUCAUUUGUUUCCGCACAUACCUAAAAGAAAGCGAUUCAAAGGGACUCACGAAUGUACUCCAGCAUCAGCUCAACUUUUACAAUAUUUACUUAAAGAAAAAGAGACCAAUAAGGAUGAUGAGAUCGACAUGUUUUUUUCGAGCAUUGCAAAAACUGUAAAAAAAUUAAAUCGUUACAGCCAAUCUGUUCUGAAGUCUAGAAUAUUCAACAUGGUGUCUGAAUUUGAAUUACAAGAAAUCAAGGAACAAACUAAUUUCUAUGCUGGUUCUUCACGACACAAUACUGAAAACACUCACAAUACAGGACCUUCGAGUCAUAACACCCACAAUAUAGGAUUUUCGGAUUAUAACAUCCGUAAUGCAGGCCCUUCCGACUCUAAUACCGGCAAUGCAGAGCUGUCAGGCAAAAAUCCUCCAGUUUUAGAAGAACCGAUAUUGAACAGUGAAUUGCCUAAGGCCUCUUUUCCAUUACACGGUUUCUCGCCGUGA